AUGUUGAGCGCAGCGCAGGAUAUCCUGAACAAACACAAAGGCGUGGAUCCAAUCGAGGACAACGUCACCGAUUCGAGAUGUGUGGAAGAAAUCACCUACAGGAUCUGCUCACCAACGUCAACUGGCGUCGUUUUGAUAUGUAAUAUUCUUCCUGGUCUAUGUGUAAAAAUGCUCUGCCCACUGGUCAUGCAUCGGAUCCCUUAUUGGGUACGGCACACCGCAGUGUGCGUGGCACAGGCGUCUUCACUUUUCAUCACCGCAUUUGCGGACUCGGUGCCUGUGGCGUUGGGCGGAGUUUGUCUCGGGUCGUUUUCGAGCGGCCUUGGUGAAACCACCUAUCUUGGAUUGGCCGGGCAUUACUCAAAGCAUACAAUUGCUACAUGGUCGUCUGGCACUGGUAUGGCUGGAGUGGUGGCGGCAUUUUCCUAUGCCGGCUUAACUGACCAACGGUUGCUUGCGCUCACGCCUGCUCAAGCCAUGCUGGUUAUGCUUGUCGUGCCGGCCAUAUUCAUUUUCACAUUCUACACCCUGCUUGAGCAUACGGAAACAAUGAAGAAGAUCAGUUUUACUAAGAACGGCAAAUCCUCGAAGAAAAAUGGGGAGAAGCCGAUCUCAUUGGGAGAUUCGUUACCGCCUGCGGAAUGUGAUGAGGACAAAAUCCUUGCUAAGCGGAUCAUACUUAGCAGCAUACGCAAAUUUCACGUACCGUGGUAA